AUGGAGAAACUGAUCAAUAUAUAUGUGUAUGAAAAAGGAGAGCCCCCAAUGUUCCACAAUGGUCCAUGCAGGAGUAUAUAUUCCACAGAGGGAGGGUUCAUUAAUGAAAUGGAGAAGGGAAAUUUCUAUAGAACAAAAGACCCUGACCAGGCCUUAGUAUAUAUUCUGCCAUUUAGUGUGGUCAUGAUGGUUCAAUACAUCUAUGUGCCUGGUGACCACGACAUUCAUCCUAUUGGCCACACUGUUGCUGAUUAUAUAGACAUCAUCUCCAAAAAUCAUCCCUUCUGGAAUCGAACCCUAGGUGCUGAUCAUUUUAUGCUUUCUUGCCAUGAUUGGAGUUUUAUGCAAUGCCAAUUCCUCAGAAGGCUUCAAUCCUUUGAAAGAUGUUUCAUUACCCGAAAUUCAUCUCAAAACAAGGGAAAUCACAGGACUUAUUGGUGGUCCAUUGCCUUCCGGACGAUCAAUUCUAGCCUUUUUGUUGGCCGUUUGCAUGAUCACAUAAGGUACCUUCUCCUAAAACAGUGGAAAGGAAAAGACCAAGACGUUCAAGUUUUCGAGAGUCUUCUAGAUGGGUUAUCAUACAAUUCAAUGCUGAAGAAGAGUAGAUUUUGUUUAUGCCCUAGUGGGUAUGAAGUUGCGAGCCCUCGGGUUGUCGAGGCAAUCUAUGCAGAGUGCAUUCCUGUUCUAAUUUCAGAUGGCUAUGUUCCACCUUUCAGUGAUGUUCUUAAUUGGAAGGCAUUUUCUAUUGUUGUUCCUGUUAAGGACAUACACAAUAUCAAGAAGAUACUAAUGAGUAUAUCACAGACUUAG